AUGUCUGAAGAAACUCAACGACAAGUCUUCAAAGAGGUACCCAUUCACUCCCCAAUAGCUCCCAACAUCUCACCGAUAUUCAUCAAACUAACAAAACACCUAGCUAAAACCCCACUGCAUAAAAGUCAGCGAAACAAUCCUAAAACCAACUCCCGAUCCCAGAGGACUAUCCGCAUCUCUAACCCAGCUCCUUCAAACACUAACCAGUGCCUCCGGACGCCAUGGCGAAGUCUUCAACCGCCCGCUAGGGGACUACGUCUUCUAUCCCCUCUCACAUAUAUUCCGGCAGCACCAAACCGUGAACGACGGUGCGUUGGAGAAGGCUCUGGGAUGCGUGCUUAUUCUGCUAAACACCUGCUGGCGAUUGGACAUGCCGGCGGAGCAAGCGAAGCAGAUGCUCAUCAUGAUCACCUUUGUGAUAGCGGGCACACCCGGAGUUCCGGUCAAUGCGAAUAGAAGCGAAGAGACGAAGAUUGAGGGCAUGAAGUGCUUACUGGCGCUGUUCGAAUGCGUGAAGAGGGCCGAGAAGGGGGUUUUGGGGGACGUCGAGUCAUUACCGGCGCUGGGCCAUAGUGUCACCGCCGUUCUUGAGGUCACCAUUUCCACGUCUUCUCCACAGUUGCAGAUGGUUUCUUUGGAGGUUCUAGAGGCUCUUUUGUUCUCCUGCGUCACUGAUUCGGAUAUCUUCGCUAGCUUUUAUCCCGGCGUGGUCAGUGGGCUGGUGAAGGUCAUUGGCCUAGGGCCUACCACAAAACGCCCAUACGAGAUCCUCGCUCGCUCCGUCAAGGCGCUGAACCGCGUGAUCUGUAAAGUCCUCGGAGAUGCGGACACAGCGAGCCUCCCCACCGAAGAAGAAAACGAUGGGAAGGGGAGGGGGAAGGGGAAGAGCAAUGGCCUGGAGGUGCACCGAACAACCUCCUGGCUCGCUGCCACCGCGACGCAAACCAAAUCUGCGCUCGACAACACCCUCCGCCUCCGCGGCCACCCGCACAGUCAUGUUCGCAAAGCCGUCUUCGAGUUAUGUCGGGACCUGCUCGAGAACUGCGCAAAGUCUCUCGCUGAAGCCCUCACGGCGAUCAUCGAAACGAUGAUUGUCCUCGCCGGGGACGAAGAUGACAAUCUCCGGAGUAUUUCUGAAAAUACACUGCGUGUCGCGGCGAUGAGUGAGAAUGUCAAGGAGGCGAUACAAAGCUGUGCUCACGGCUGGGCAAUCUCCUUACCAAGGGUCAUGGCUGGAAAUGAAGAAAUUAUGAAGACCAGACUUAUCAGUCGAAUUUCCACUGGCUUCAAGAUUUUAACGGAGUUGGGCAUGGACAGCGAGAUACUGCAGGAGACAUUGGCGACCAAUAUCCGGGAUAGCCUCUUCACGGCUUACAUAGGGGCUCCUGGGAAGCAGGAGGCUGUCCAAGCAGUGGAGGAGCCGUUGCCGUUUGACGCGCUGGUUUCGCAGAAUCAGGAUAUCGGAACGCUUGCUGGCUCAGCACAGUACCCGGACGUGGUUCUUGGGCACAGAAGUCAACGGGAUACAGUCGGCAGCGUGAAGAAGCUUUUGGGUUUGUUAGGAUGUACUUCCGAAAACGCGCUACGGCUUGCGCAGCGGCAUAUUCGGGAGAGUUCGAGAAUAAAUGCUCCUACCAAGGAUAGGUCUACAUCUUUAUGGGUCGCCGUGCAAUUACUCCGAGGAUCACUAGCAAAUUCCGACGAAAUGGACAUAUUCCUUGACCUAGACUUUUCCCCAUCAGGCCCACUACAACAACACGUCAUGGAGGAAUUAUUCGCAGUGUCAUUAUCCAUCCUCAAUGACGCUACAGAACUAGGCACGGACGAAAGUGUAGAUCCCAUAUCACCAACACUCCAGUGUCUCGCCCUCGAGGCAAUCUCCCUCACAGCGCAAGCGCAGAAAGAAUCCUUCAGGGAAGAUCUGGUGGAUGCUUUAUACCCUAUAGUCCACCUCCUGGGCUCCCCUUCAGGAGCAGUUCAAUCCCACGCAAUACUUACACUAAACAACGUCUCUCGCUCAUGCGGGUACCCAUCUGCCAAGGAACUCGUUCUAGAGAACGUUGACUAUAUGGUCAAUGCCGUGGCGCUAAAGCUGAACACAUUCGACUUAUCCCCCCAAGCACCUGUAGUCCUCGGGAUGAUGCUAAGACUUGCAGGGCCAAGCUUGAUACCCUACCUCGAUGACAUGGUCGUCAGCAUCUUUGCUGCGCUGGACGCCUUCCACGGAUAUGAAGCACUCUGCGAGGCACUCCUUGGUGUCCUCGCUCAAGUCGUAGAAGAGAGUGGGAAAGGCGGUGAAUUACUUGCCGUCACAACAAACGCCGGCGGUUCCUCCUCACCCUCGCCGCAGGAAAAGCGAAGGAAACUACUAACGAAUGAAGAUUUAAUCCAAGAGAUCAAAUCCAACCUCCGCAGGGAGCAAGAACAGCAAAAGAAAGCAGAGCAGGAAGAGGCAGACAUGACUGCCGGCAAAUUCCCGGAAAAGCCUUGGGGUAAGGGAGAAGAAAAAGGCAAAAACGAGAGCCCCACCACGGACGAGGACGAGGACGAGGACGAGGGCGACGAAGACCAACCCCGACCACCUCCGCCAGAAAGCCAAGUAGUAAAGCCCACAAAAACCUACGACCUAGUCCAAAGGAUCACCCGCCUGAGCCAACACUACCUGACACACCCCUCCUACCCCCUCCGUCUAAAGCUCCUCCGCCUAAUAUCCACCGCGUCCCCACUACUCUCCAAGAACGAAGACGCAUUCCUCCCGCUGGUGAACGACAUCUGGCCCGCUGUGCUGAACCGCCUCUUUGAAGACGAACCGCACGUUACAAUAUCCGCGGCGGAGGCUAUAACCACGCUCUCGCGGGAGUGCGGGGGGUUCAUCUCUAGUAGGAUUGCGGACGCGUGGCCGGGGAUUAAGCGAGUUCUCGUCAAUUGCUUGAGGAAGUGGGAGAGGGAGAGGGCGAGCAAGACCGGGAAUAUGGGGGUCCAUAGUCCCGGCUAUAAAGUCUGGGAUUCGCUUUGCAGGAUGGUAGCUGCCGUUGUAGAGUUUUGCAUAGUCAGCGACGAAAUCGUCGAUGAUAUUUGUAAGAUCCUUGGUGGGGAGAGGCUAUCGCAGAGGGCAGAUCUGAGGAAUGCGCUUGAAGGGGCUAACGCUGAAGCCGUCUGGCUGGAGAUUGAGAGUUGGAAGGAAAGGGGUGGAGCUAGUGGAAGGUGGACCUUACCAGCUCUCGAGGGGGUCAGGUUUUAUGAGGUUGUUUUUUAA